AACGGCGGCAGCCGCCGCCAUAUUGAGUAGCUGUCAGCGGCGCUUUGCGCGUCUCUUGCCUCGACCCACCAGCGAACAGCCCAGGGCGGCCCCCAGCGCCUGCUGCCCGGCCGCGGAGGGGCCUGCGCGGGGGCCCGGCCACAGCCGACCACCGAGAGCGCAUCGGAGACCCGGCGGGGCCGAGUCCCCCAGCAGAGCCCCCCGCCGGGGAGCGGAGCCGCAGACGGGGACAAAAGAAUUUGCAGAAGAUUUUGACUUUACAAGAAAUUCAGAGAAGGAGAGAAAAAUGCCGAAGCCAAUCAACGUAAGGGUUACCACAAUGGAUGCAGAAUUGGAGUUUGCCAUCCAACCCAAUACAACUGGCAAACAGCUCUUUGACCAGGUGGUGAAAACAGUUGGUCUACGUGAAGUCUGGUUUUUUGGGCUGCAGUAUGUGGACAGCAAAGGCUAUUCAACUUGGUUGAAGCUGAAUAAAAAGGUAACACAGCAAGAUGUAAGGAAAGAAAAUCCUCUGCAGUUUAAGUUCAGGGCUAAGUUUUUUCCUGAGGAUGUAUCUGAGGAGUUAAUUCAGGAAAUAACUCAGAGACUGUUCUUCCUGCAAGUCAAAGAAGCCAUUUUAAAUGAUGAAAUCUAUUGUCCACCAGAAACUGCAGUUCUACUGGCUUCCUAUGCUGUCCAAGCCAAGUAUGGAGAUUACAAUAAGGAGAUUCAUAAACUAGGCUACUUGGCCAAUGACAGACUUCUCCCCCAGCGUGUUCUAGAACAGCACAAACUGACAAAAGAACAGUGGGAAGAAAGAAUACAGAACUGGCAUGAAGAACACAGAGGGAUGUUAAGGGAAGAUUCUAUGAUGGAAUACCUCAAGAUUGCACAAGAUCUGGAAAUGUAUGGAGUCAACUACUUUGAAAUAAAGAAUAAAAAGGGUACUGAAUUGUGGCUAGGUGUUGAUGCUUUGGGUCUGAAUAUUUAUGAGCACGAUGACAAGUUGACACCCAAGAUUGGUUUCCCUUGGAGUGAAAUCAGAAACAUCUCAUUUAAUGACAAAAAGUUUGUCAUAAAGCCAAUUGACAAAAAGGCCCCUGAUUUUGUUUUUUAUGCACCUCGUCUGAGAAUUAAUAAGCGGAUUUUGGCACUGUGCAUGGGAAAUCAUGAACUGUACAUGAGGAGGAGAAAGCCUGAUACAAUUGAAGUGCAACAGAUGAAGGCCCAGGCUAGAGAGGAGAAACAUCAGAAACAGUUGGAAAGAGCACAAUUAGAAAAUGAGAAGAAAAAAAGGGAAAUAGCGGAAAAGGAAAAGGAAAGAAUAGAGCGUGAAAAAGAAGAACUAAUGGAGCGCUUAAGACAAAUUGAAGAACAGACCAUGAAGGCCCAAAAAGAGCUGGAAGAACAGACAAGAAAAGCUCUAGAACUGGAUCAAGAACGAAAGAGAGCAAAAGAGGAAGCAGAGCGCCUGGAAAAAGACCGUCGAGCUGCAGAAGAGGCUAAAGCUGCUCUAGCCAAACAGGCUGCUGAUCAGAUGAAGAAUCAGGAGCAGCUAGCAGCAGAACUUGCUGAAUUCACUGCCAAGAUUGCACUUCUAGAGGAGGCCAAGAAGAAGAAGGAAGAGGAAGCCUCAGAAUGGCAGCACAAAGCUUUUGCAGCCCAAGAGGAUUUGGAAAAGACCAAAGAAGAACUGAAGACUGUAAUGUCUGCUCCACCACCACCACCACCUCCUCCUCCACCACCACCACCAGUUAUUCCUCCAACAGAGAAUGAGCAUGAUGAACAUGAUGAGAACAAUGCUGAAGCUAGUGCAGAACUGUCUUCUGAUGGUGUCAUGAACCACAGAAGUGAGGAAGAACGGGUAACAGAGACACAGAAAAAUGAACGUGUUAAGAAACAGCUCCAGACACUAAGUUCUGAGUUGGCCCAAGCCAGAGAUGAAACCAAGAAAACACAAAAUGAUGUCCUCCAUGCUGAGAACGUUAAAGCAGGUCGUGACAAGUACAAGACUCUUCGACAAAUCCGACAAGGCAAUACAAAGCAACGUAUUGAUGAGUUUGAAGCAAUGUGAGAGCUGUUACUUUCCAUAUAUGUUCUUCGUAAAGCUGAACCACCAACAGAGAAACAAGCAGGCCUUUGCAGAUUUGAAGAUUGCACCCCACUUUGCCAAAGCACUUAUACCAGUUUGACUGUGGUGGUAAAAAGACAAAUUUAGGGUGCAACCCAUUCAACAAUAAGGCAGUCUGUCAUCUUUGGCUUUUUGGGGAGGGAGAUUGGAAUGGGGGCAUAUGGUUUCCAUUGUCUUAGAUUUUAUUUUUCAUUUUCAUAGUUUGUGUCGCUUGUUCUCUUGAAGACUGGCGCUUACUAUCAUGGCUGUCAAGUGUAUGUGUUACCAAAACACUAAGUCAGAAAGGAUAUUAGAUCUGAACCUAAAACUGAUGGAUACUAUUUCAGUGUGAUGCAGUUUGAAAUUACAUUUUCCCAUGUUGCCACAUUUCCUUAGGAGUUUGAUAUUGCUGACUUUAUCAUUUUUUCACCAAGCUGAAUUCUUUGGGUGUUUCAUGUCCUGUCAUCAUUGAUGGUUUUCUUUGCCUACCUGUUCACAAAGGUCUAGAUGGCAGGUAGUAGGUUCCAGCAGAGAUUUUAAAAUGGAACACUACCUGUGGGCAGUAGUUGUCUGCGAUUGGCCUAAAUAAGUAUUGCUUUUUCACUUUAGAUGUGUAGAAAUGUUCUAAUAAAGCAAAGAAAAGAAAAACAAAAUACAAGAAGCUUGUAUCCUGUUUUUUUAAUGAUUAUUUUAAUUACAAUAAGAAAAACCUGGACCUUUCUGGCAAGGGAGCAUAUGAAAACAUCAGUCCCAGGGAGGGGACAGUAUCCUACCUCACUACUAUAUACAUGAUGACAGGUCCUUCAAACACCAUGUAAACUUGAGUGUGUAAAUUGACUUUCAUCUUAUGAUAAUACUAUAGAAAGAUAGGAAUCUUUACUCUUAAGAUUUUGUUUUACUUCAAGAUGGCUUUAUAGUGCUAAAUACUGCUUAACUGCCUUUUUGUUGAGUUAAAUUAUAAAAUGAUGUACAUUAAAACUGUAACCUGUCACUGGUAUACUAUCUUACAGGAGGGGUGUGGAAUGUGUUUGACUUAAUGUGUUUAUGGGUUUCUCUGUACCAAAUGAAAAUUCCCAUAAUUGGAAAAAAAAGAGGCUUGUAGCUUCAUUUCUCAGUGAUGCCAGUGUGUAAUUGUUAUUGUAUCUGAUGUCUGAUCAUUGUCACUCAGUUGUCUCAAACUCUGGAAAAGGAGAUUUAAAUGAGAUUUUUUUUUUAAUUUUAGAGGGUUAAAUAGUUCAUAGAAAGUGAGUCUUUCUUUUAAGAAAUUAUUUUACAACUAACGUGGACUGGAAUUAUUCUUCACUUUAUAGUACCCUGGUUAGUGUCUAGUUGGAAAAAGCCCUGCUUUCUCUGAGGAUGGUUCAGCAAUCUUCCAUUUGGUAUUAUGCACUCAUAAAUUUACACUUAUCUAUUAAAAUAUGCCAUUUUAUUAAACAUUUUUUCAGGCACAAUAGGUUCAAGUUAUUUAUGAACAGUUCAACUGAGCUUUUUUUGAUUUUGCUGAGUUAAAGACACUAUGUGGAAUGAUAUCAUGAAAAAGGUAUAAAGUUGAUUUAAUAUAUUUUGGGUUGUGGAGCUAAAAAUAGCUGGCUAACCUUGAGAAGACUGGUGUGCAAAUGUUGUGCACAUGCUUCAAAACACAGGUUGGUGGAAGUUUAUUGUUUCUACUUGCAGUGCUUUGAAAGAACAGUUUGUGUAUCUCAGGCUUCCUGCAUUGAAGCAUGAGCAUUUGAAUUUCCAAAGCGUUAGAACCAUCUGCCAUAGCAGGUGAAAUACUGUGCUUUCAAUGGGUUUUUAUGGUUUUUCCUGAAAUGUGUGCACUAACAUUACUACAUCAGUUUAUCAGUGUUGAUAAAUACCAGUUAAAUUUGCUGUUCAUAAAUCUACGAUAUAUAGAUAAAAUGGAUCUAAUCCAUUUAUAAAGCUGUGUGAAUUUUUCUAAAUAACCAGGAACAACGAUUUGAAAUGUGGAUUUUCACAAUGAACCAGAGUGGUUAUUACCAAUAGUUGGGAACACUUAUUGAUGCAGAGAUAUUAUGAAUGCAUUUAAUGAGUACUUGGUGAAGCAAAUUUCAACAUGCUUUCCCCUUAGCAUCAUGUUUUGUGUUGUACUAUUAAGCUACAAUUACAUCUAAUAUUUUGGAUAACAUUAAUUGGUUAACAAUAAAGAGAUACAGUUAAUUUC